UUCACCUAAAACAGUUUAGGAAGCUUAGGAAGUGCAGCUUCUACACUCAGUCCCUGGUUAAGUUUUCUACUGUGAAUGAAUGAUUAAAUGUCUCUGUGUAAACACUGUGAUGGACUGUGCACACACACACACACAAACACUGUGUGUAGGAGUGUCAACGCGAAGGUGGCAAACUGAGAUUAUCCAAGAUCACCUCGAGGAGGCUGACGAGACUUUUGAAGUGCUGCUGGUCUCUCCUGAAAGCACCGUCAUUGGCAGCACCAACAAAGCUACGCUCACCAUCAGAGACUCAGCAGGAGGGCAGUGCAGGCUAGACCAGAAUCAGGAGGCUCCUGUUCUUGGAGGACAGGAGAUUCAGGCCAACACGUACCCUCAGCAUGGAUCCAUACACCUCGAGAAACUUCCUCUUGGGACAGACUCGAUCAUCUGGACCCGUGGAGACAGCAUCUCCAGGCCAGGAGUCCCCAAAAAGAAACUCAGAGUCAGAGGCAAUGCAAAGUCAAUGGUGAGUGCUCAGAUGUGUCCUCAGGGCUCCACCUUUCAUGGUGGUUAUUGCUACACCCUCAGUACUGAACGCAAGCUGCCAUGGAGUGAAGCAAACAGGGCCUGCAGGGAAAGGUUUAGAGGAACACUGGCCAGUGUUGCGUCUCAAGCUGACAUGGACUGGCUGUGGGACUUUGGUGGAAGGAAGCCUUUCUGGAUCGGUCUGAACGACAGGGAGGGCCGAGGACGCUGGGAGUGGGCCGGAGGCGAGCCGGUCGGCUACACCAACUGGAGAAAAAUGCCUCUUCAGCCAAAAAAGAAAGAAAGCAGAAAGUGUGUUCUGGUUUGGAGGAGGGCAAAGUGGCAAAUCAGGGAGUGUAAGACGAGCAGAGGUCAUCGCUUUGUCUGCUCGGUUAAAAUCUGAGUUCAGCACCGUCCAGUCCAGCGCGGUCCGGCAGCAGUGAGCUGCCACUGUGCGUGACAGAAAUUCACAACCUGUUUACAAUUAACACGUGAAAAGAGAGCUUGGUGUCCAAACACAGUUCAUGUUGGACUCAUAUUCACAGUGCAAGUGUUGCAAGUGUUGCAGUGAAGACGUCCUUGGGGCCUUAAUCAGCUCCUCAGCCUCUGUUUGAACCACAGUUACUAAACAUUCAUGCGUUUUGUUCAUAAGUAUGUAAACGUGGGAAGAUGAGCUGAAUCCGUUCAUUUAUUUUCCUUAUUAAAAGACUGACUCAUGUAAAUGUGCUGAUAUUGUAUUUGUGUGCAAUUAUAAGUGACAGCCAGCUGCUGCUGCAUUAUCGACUUUAUUAAACACAUAUUAACAGAGUUAAUGUUAUUGCACCAAUAAAAACAGGCUUUGUUUGUCACGAGCUGCUGCUGCUGUCGUUUUUCUCUUUUCAACAUCAU